AUGUCAAACACUGUGACGGUGACCAAGGUAAAGUUGAAGCUGGUACAAAAAAAACCAAGACAUGUAACAUGGACAGAGGAGACCGUUGACAACGAGGGAUUGGGGAAGAAGAAAAGCAAGAUAUGCUGUAUAUACUGCUCCAAGGGCAAGGACAGGGACAAGAACAAGUAUGAGAGACUGUAA